AGAGGAGGUUAGAUCCUCUCGACCUUUACAGGGCGGAGGAAGUUGAAACAGGGAGAAGGUCAUGGACGUACUAAUUUAGGCCCUAAGGAUCUGGUGGAGGGAUAUCCGGAGAUCCGUAUCCUAGCAUAUCUCAUAUGUCUCUUUCGAGGUGUUGUGCGUUGAACAAGCUAAAAACUUCUGCUGGCAGAGCCCAUCUUCCGGACAAGCCACCGAUCCCGAACCUGCGGCUGCUGAGGCCGGGACGGAGGUCGCAACGCAAGGAGUGGGUGAAAUGGAGGAAGAGACUCUAUUUGUUGAUGACAUGCCAAUUGCUGCUGAUGGUGGUAGGGGGCGCCGCGCUGAGGAGCACGAGCUUGAUGACAGGGCAUGCUGAUGGGUCUGCCAUAAGAGAUGAGACGAGGACUAUACGUCGUGCAAGUACGCAGAAACCUGAUUGAAAUUCUCGCCGUGCAGAAACAAUAGAAAAGGCUGCAAUGGCUGCAAGCGCCACGGCAUACCACUAAAUGGUAUCCAUUUCCG